CAUUCACUGUAAUUCCUACUAUAUUAAAAUCUAUACCUGCCAUCUUCUCUCAUCUCUGUAGAGUAUGAUCUGUAGAGUAUGACCACAACCUCUGGGGUCACAGCAACAGUUCUAACAUCUGGAUACUCUACAACCAGGACAGGUCCCCUGAAACUAAUCCCAACAAGUACAUAUGAUGGUAAAAAGAUACCUUUUUAGCAAGAGAGCUAAAUUUGGAGUUUGCAACACAAGGGAACUACUUUCGCAGAAGUAAUUUUCUGGGCUAGAAUUACAUACUAAAAAACAAACGGCCCAGGUAAUGUCCCAGAAAAGAAUUAGGAUGGCCCCAGGUGCUCCUCCCGAACCUUGUGACUGUAGGAGCCCUUCCUAACAGGACAAAUCUUCCUAAACCAGUGAAACAGAGUUGAGAAAGCCCAUUAAAUCUUCUGGUUCAGCAUCCAUGUGCUUGGAUACGCUGUAAAGUUAGAUGGGCAAUAAUGUUACCCUUUGCUUUUAGGCUUUAAUAUCAUGUCUCUAGUCUUCUCAUUCACAGGUUAAGGCAGCUUUUCCAGAUAGCCCAACAACCAAGUCACCAGUUUCCAAAGGCAUUUGCACCACCUAUAAACUUCGGAUCUGUGCACACCAGAUGCCCUUGACAACUCAUCCUACCGUCCCUCUGCAGAAAAGUUGCUGCAACAGCGGACAGUGAAGGCCACCACCGAGUUUCUUUUAUUACCAAGUAGAUAUACUAUCCCUGCCAGCAAAACAGAGUACAUAAAGUGUCUCUUCACAACCAGCUGAGACCAUGCUAAGAAAAAUGGCAGCCUAAACGAGGACCCCUUCUUUUCUUGGGUAUCCAGAAUUUGAAGGAGAGACUCUGACCACUGGUAAGUGACUAACAUUUUACACACUGAACUGAUCCUGAGAACUGAGAUGUCUUCUUUGUAAGUGAAGAAUAUACAACAUAAUCUUGAAGACCUGCACAGGGGUAUGAGCCAGAGGUGUGCUCAGUGUGUGUAAUGGACUGAAAAACAGACAAAUUAAUCUUGUUGAAAGGACUUUUUAUUUUUUGUUUCUACUUGCCAGAGUUAGUCAGUGUUUUGCUGGCUAAGACUGUAACUUUUUUUCUGGUGCUUCCUUUUUAUUCUAAUGGGUCCCAGAAAUCCCUCUCCUGAUCCCUUACCGGAAUCAGAAAGUGAAGAAGAAGAAAAUGCUAACUACCUAAAUGAGAGUUCUGGGGAAGAAUGGGACUCUUCUGAAGAAGAGGAUCCUGUGGUGCCAAACCUAACACCUCUUGAGAGUCUUGCCUGGCAGGUUAAGUGCCUUUUAAAAUACUCUACAACUUGGAAACCUUUAAAUCCAAAUUCUUGGUUAUAUCAUGCUAAACUCUUGGAUCCAAGCACACCAGUCCACAUACUUCGAGAGAUAGGUCUAAGGCUCUCCCACUGCUCCCAUUGUGUACCCAAACUGGAACCGAUUCCUGAAUGGCCUCCUUUGGCUUCUUGUGGAGUCCCAGCUUUUCAGAAGCCCCUUACAAGUGCCAGCCGGCUUUCUAGAGAUCAUGCCACUCUAAAUGGAGCACUGCAAUUUGCUACCAAACAGUUAAGCCGAACAUUGAGUAGAGCCACUCCCAUACCUGAAUACCUAAAACAGAUCCCUAAUUCAUGUGUUUCUGGUUGUUGUUGUGGCUGGUUAACUAAGACAGUUAAGGAAACAACCCGCACUGAACCCAUCAACACUACUUACUCCUAUACUGACUUCCAAAAGGCAGUUAAUAAACUCCUAACCGCAUCACUAUAAAGAUUCACUGCUCUGCUGUCUGUCAUGUUGCUAACAGAAGAGGUAGUACAAAGUUGCACAGACAAUAGUUGAGAAAUUAAUCCCUUUUUAACCUACCAAGUGCUGAUACUGAAUAUAUACCCAAGAACCUCAUAACUCAACUACAGAAAAUGUGCAUUGUGAGCAUUCCCUUAGACAGAUCCUGUGGAUAAAAGGAGAAUGUCAAUGGAUAAUUAGUCAAAGGGACCAUACUACAAAAGAUAAAUGAACUAUUCUACAAACUCAGUUCUCCCUAUGCCACCCCAUUUACCCUGCCUGUCUGAAUGGACUCCAACUAGAUAUUAAAUUAUUAAUGUGAAAAAAGAAGUAGGCCACUACCAUUUUUGUUAACCCAACUUUCAAAACAGCCGUUGAGGAAAAUAGGAAAUUAGCUACCCACAGUAACACCUUUCUGAGCAUGCUCUUCUCUGGCAUUCAUUUCUAGAUAGGUAGUUGAAUUAAAUUGAAUAACUAGACAAAAGUGGUGGGAAUAUAGGUUUAUGUCCCAGCUUUUAUGUAGAUGGCCUACAUGUGGCACACUCUAUGUUCUUGUCUUCUUGGAGGGGGUGCAGUUUCAAACCUCGCCUGCAGUGCUAUAGAUCUAUAUUGGUCCCUGCAAUUACAGCAUAAACAUUUUAUAUCUAAUUUUCCCCACCAGCCUGUACCUAGCUAAACUGGCCUAUAAGAUCAGAACUGGGGAUUAAACAUACACCUAUUCUGGAGGGAAUAUGUUUCUUGCAUCUUGGCACUCAGACUUUAGUCAAGAGCAAUUAAAACAUUGCAAAAGACCAAUGGGAAAAGAUUAAUAAAGCAUUUAUGCUUUCACUAUUAAUUGCUAGUGGGUUAAAGUAUUUCAUCUAUGUUUCCUGCUGCAGUACUUUAUGCACUUUCCACAUUCUUUGUGAACUUUUCAGGAACCCUUGUAACUAAAGAACCUUACUACAGAAAAUCUUGGCCUAAUAAAAUAUGAAGUUCAAGAAUUUUUUUUAAAGCCUCUUUUUUUCCUACAUAGAUUAGAUUUUCUUCUAGCUGAACAAGGAAGAGUGUGUACCCAUGUAAAUGAGUCUCGCUGUGUUUAUUUAGAUGAGUCAAACAUAGAUCAACAUACAUAAAAUAAGAUGCAUGAGACCAUUAAAUCUUUUCACACACCUACAAUAACAAAUGAAACCUGUGUGUGAGCCUGGUUGACUGGGCAUCUAAAGGAAGUCAGAAAAGAGAUUAUUAAAGCUAUCCUCUUAUUAGUGCUCUGUACAAUGUGACAUCAAACAAUUGAAGCAUUAAUGGAGUUAUAAAUUCUAUAAAUGUAUAGCAAUUUUAAAGAGAGAAAAGACUUUAAAAAUGCUAAGCCUUGGUUGUCUUGUUUUAGGAAAAAGAAGGGAAUUGCAGAUAGAAAAAUGAUAUGUUAGUGGAAAAUUACUGAACUUAAACCAUAUACUGUUAGUGUAACAAUGUGUCAGAAAUUGUUCCUAUGUAGAUGUUCUGUGAAACUGGUCUUUAAAAUGUUAUAAGAAUCUGUUUGGUUUUUUUCUUAAGGGGGAGGUGGGAAGAGGUAGGGAGGUCUGAAAAUUAAAAUAUGUAGAUAUUUGUGUAACCAUAAUAUGUUCCUUUUUCUCGUGUGUAUGUAUAAAAGUGCCUUGCUCAUGAACACAUUUUUGCUGUUCACUCUGAAAGGGAGCCUUUCCCCAGUUCGCAGUUGAAUAAACCAACAGCUUUUACAUGCUGAA